AUGGAGGCGACGACGGCGGAGAUAACGCGCAUGCGCGCCGAGCGUGCGUCGCGCGCGCGCGAGCGCGGCGCCGUGCGGUGGUUCGCGCGCGCGAGCGAUGGGGGCGCGACACCGACCGCGGGCGAGGUUGGAGAGAAACGGGCGCGCGACGACGACGCGGACGACGGACGGGCGCGCGCGGGGGCGGAGACGAGGGCGGGGGAUGGACCGCACGCGAUCGCGCGCGUGUUGGACGAUGCGGCGGCGGACGCGGCGAUGGACGCGUUGGACGCGGAGGAGACGAUUCGGCGACUGCGAAGGCUCGGGCAGCCGGCGACGAUGUUCGGGGAGACGCGAGAGGAUAGGAUCUUGCGAUUGAAGGUGGCGACGAAGAAUAUCGUGAUCGAGGACGAGGCGACGACGACGGCGACGCAGGCGAAUGAAAAGGUGCUGGACGAUGAGCGCGUGGAGGCGUUCGCGAGGCGAAAGAAGGAGCAGAGCACGAAAAAGGCGAUGACGAGCGCGGGCGGCGAGGCGGCGAUGGAAAUGACGGAGGAGGAGGCGAAAAUGGCAGAGGAACAGGCGCUCAUGGAUGCGUUCGCGCAGGCGGCGAAGAAGGUGAAGAAGCAGCGAGAGGCUGAGAACGCGGAACCCAUCGACCAGGUGGCUAUGUACUUCAAGUCGCUCGUCGCAGAGUGGGGAGCCGAGCUCGAAGCGAAACCCGAGGAGUGGGCGUACACGCACGAGGGACGACAGGGGAUUUCGACCUUUGAGACGCUAAAACAGCAUCUCAAGCCGCUAUUCAAGCGCAUCAAGAAGCGAACGAUUCCAGUCGAUGUCGAGCGAGCGCUAUAUCUCAUCAUGCAGUCCAUGAAGCAACGCAACUACAAAAAGGCUGCAGACGCGUACGUAGGCAUCGCGAUUGGCAACGCGGCGUGGCCGAUCGGGGUGACCAUGGUGGGCAUUCACGCGCGUAGCGCUCGCGAAAAGAUUGGCGCCUCGUCCCAAGCGCAUGCCAUGCAUGACGAAGAGACGAGAAAGUACUUGCAGAGCGUGAAACGUUUGAUGACGUUCGCUCAGCGCGCUUAUCCUACGACGCCGUCGUUAUCGCUUGAUUUCAACUCUGGCAUCAACGGUAGCGACAAGGCGGAGCUCCUCAAGGCGGAGGCGCGCCUCGGGAGCAUCGACAAGGCGGUCCCGGCGCUCAUGCUCGGUAACGGGAGAGAGCCGGGAAGUAGCGCCAAAGUGGACGGUUGGCGCGCGCAGGACUCUGACACGCGUACUUGGAAAUCCAUGCUCACGCACGCGUACGGUGAGAAGGGUCGCAACGCCGUGAUCACCACCGCAAAGGACGAAGUCAUCGCAAAGGACACCUCGCUCAUGAGCACCAGAAGCGGUUACGUCGCCGCCGACAAACGCAAGCCCGCGACGCGCGAUUAG